AUUACAAGACUGAGUUACACGCGAUAGCUCCUAUCUCAUUAUAAAGGCCCACAUAGUGGUUGUCCAAGGUGCGGAGUGUAUGCGUUCUGAGCGUGAGAGCGCCAAUUUGUCACUGCACUGCCACUGGACACGCGGCUGUCACAUCUAUGGCGAGCUCGCAGACUGAGGUUUGUGUGAGGAAGAUGCAGGGGGUGGUUGUGUCUCCCGACCCUCAUGCUACUAUCGAAAGCAUCCAGGGCGCAGUUGGAACCAGAGCAACCCCUCAAUCCAUUCAGCCUCAGAAAAUUACGUUCACUGCAACUGACCCCAGGAAAUCAGACUGCCAUCGUCUCUUCCCAAGUCGCAUUCGCCUGGGUGCCCAUCGUCGCCGAGACCAUGGAACGGAAGACACCGACAGCAAGGUUGUAACAUGGGAUGACAGUCCAACACCACUACCUCAUCCCACUGACAUGGGAUGAUUGCUGGAGGUUUACGCCCUCACGCUUACAGUCACCUUUCCAUCUGUUAAUCGUAUCCCCUCCCGCUCCUGUGUUUUACGUGCUUCUUCCCUUUCUUAAACUGCUUUUUGCCCGAUGAGACUUGUACAACAAGG